GCUGACACAAGCAGCAAAGGCAGAGGCAGCACCACACACCACAAGCUGCUGUACCCAAGAGAGGACUGCUGCGAGUUCUCACGGUGGAUCAGGAAAGCUUCUUCAGGGAUCUGACAGAAACACAGGGGUCCCACCUGGUUCCAGUUCUUAAACUCGUGGAAGGAGGAGAUUGACGAGUAUGGCGGCGUGGGACCUGUCAGUCACAGUGGAGGACCUGGGCUCGGAUGCCCCUCCUGUCACCAUCAGCGUUGCCUCUGACCUCCAUGUCGGUGGGGUUAUCGUCAAGCUGGUGGAGAAGACACAGAUCAAGCGUGACUGGUCAGACCACGCGCUGUGGUGGGAGCAGAAGCAGCGGUGGCUGCUGCGAACAGCCUGGACUCUGGAGAAAUAUGGGAUUCACGCUGAUGCCCGGCUGCUGUUCAUGCCUCAACACAAGCCCCUUAAACUGGGUCUGCCCAACGGUAAAACUGUGUGGCUGAGGGCCUGCUUCUCCAACCCUGUCUUCCAGACCGUGAUGGGAAUCUGCAGGAUGCUCAACAUCCGCCAUCCUGAGGAGCUCUCCCUCCUCCGUCCUGUGGAGGAGAAGAAGAAGAAGAAGGAUAAAGAUUUGGCGGAGGAGAUCUACGACCUGACCGAGGUGCCCCUUUCCUCGGUUUCCCGGCCCUGUCUGUAUAACGGCAUGCCGGCUCAUUUCGCUGACUCAGAGCAGAUGGAGGCCGUCUACAAGAUGCUGUCUGUCACUCAGCCUCCUCCUGCUCCCGAGGUCAUCGCCAAGCAGUACCGCCCUGCCAGUGUGGUGGACAAAGCUCACAUCAACGGCAGGUGGUUGGACUCAUCACGUUGUCUUAAGCAGCAAGGCAUCCAAGAAAAUGACCGUCUCUGGCUUCGCUUCAAGUAUUACGCUUUCUACGAUAUGGACCCCAAGUACGAUGCUGUGCGCCUCACCCAGCUGUAUGAGCAGGCUCGCUGGGCCAUCCUGCUGGAAGACGUCGACUGCACCGAGGAGGAAAUGAUGCUUUUUGGAGCUCUGCAGUACCACAUCAAUAAAGUGUCCUUGUCAGAGCCCCAGAUGCCGAGCUCCAGCGCGGCCCUGGACGACCUAGAGUCGGCCCUUCAGUCCCUGGAGGUCAAGAUGGAGGGAGAUGGCAGCUCUGCUUCUGACCUGCUGGAAAAUAUGACUGCACCAGAACUCAACGACUACUUGAAGAUAUUCAGGCCCAAGAGGCUUACCCUGAAGGGAUACAAGCAGUACUGGUUCAAAUUCCAGGAUACUUCCAUCUCGUACUUCAAGAGCAAAGAGGAGAGCAUUGGAGAACCCAUUCAACAGAUUAACCUUAAAGGCUGUGAAGUGGCUCCCGACGUCAACGUCACAACACAAAAGUUUCUUAUCAGACUGCUGAUCCCUGCACCUGAGGGCAUGAAUGAGGUCUAUCUGCGCUGUGAGAACGAGCAACAGUACGCCCAGUGGAUGGCCGGAUGUCGGCUGGCCUCCAAAGGCAAGAGCCUGGCAGACAGCAGCUUCCAGAGUGAGAUCCAGAGCAUCCGUUCAUUCCUGGCAAUGCAAAAAACCAACUCUGGUUCCAGCAAUAAUGCAGCUGCCAGCGACGAAAGCAUCAAUACUCAUAGUUUGGUGUCACCACGUUACCAUAAGAAGUACAAGCCCAAACAGUUGACUCCCCGAAUCCUGGACGCCUACCAGAACAUUGCUCAGCUCUCUCUGACAGAUGCACUGAUGCGCUUCCUGCAGAUCUGGCAGGCCCUGCCUGAUUUUGGACACUCAUAUGUGGUUGUCAGGUUUAAAGGUAGCAGAAAGGACGAGGUCCUGGGUAUAGCCCCCAACCGCCUGAUCCGUAUCGACCUGGGAGUGGGUGAUGUGGUGAAGACCUGGCGCUACAACAACAUGAAGCAGUGGAACGUGAACUGGGACAUAAAACAGAUGGCCAUCGAGUUUGAAGGGAACGUGAACAUCGCCUUCGGCUGCGUGACGGCUGACUGUAAAAUCGUUCACGAGUUCAUCGGAGGCUACAUUUUUAUGUCGACGCGCAGCCGUGAGAAGAGCGACACCCUCAACGAGGAGCUCUUCCAUAAGCUGACCGGAGGCCAUGAAGCUCUAUAAUACUAAAAUACACAAAGACUUUCUUUUUAAAAAGAGGAUCUUUCAUUCCCCUCACUGUCCAGCGAGUCCCACAUGGGGAAACCCAAAAUGAUGGAUUGUGCGUUCCAAACAAGCAGAUUUUAAUUUACCAUUUGGUCCAAACACAGAGAGUUUAGGACUCCAAACGUCCACAUGUUGACUCCUUUUGUGAUGGACCACUGCUGGUGCAAAUUAGAGGGUCCAAAAUUAGAACCCUGGUGAUCAAACGUAUAGAAGAACAAAAUCCACAGCUGACUCCAGACAGCUACUAACAGAACUAUAAUCAGCAAUGCUCUGGAAGGACUUGUAUUAAUAAUGGUAGCUGAAUGCAGCUUAGAAUUCAUACUCAAUAAAUUUAGACACAUGUUCCGAUAAGGCUUACUGUCAGAUUAAAAGUACCUUUAGAAAAAAAUCAUCUUUAAGCAGGUAUUUUCAUUACGUCCAUAUUAUUGUAUUGAAAAGUGCUGUUUUAUUGCUCUGAUGUAAUAUUCUGAUCCUAAAUGCUGUGUUUCGUUUAGCUAUAAGCGAAAUAUCAUAAUUAACAGAAAUAAAGGCUUAAAGUUUGUGUGUAAUUAAUCUAUAAAUUGUGUUUCUCUUAGUGAAUUUAGUUAAGUGAAAUAAAUGAACUUUUCAAUAAUA